UUUUUUUAAAUCACAGAAUGUAUACGUAACACGAGCAAAGGCGGGGGUGGGUCCAUUCUAGUGAUCAAUGUUUGACCCUUUUGUUGUGCUUUGAUAUGAAUAUUAAUUUAAGAACACCUUUUCGUUAUAGGAUAGAAAAGAAUGUAAGAACACAACGAUCAAGUAUAGUGUUAAAGUCUAGAAAAAUACCAGCCCUGCCUCCUUUUCCUCUAGAAUCAGCUGAAAUUGCAGAACAAGCUACUAUUCGAAAGAAAUUAGAGUUUUUGGAAAUAGGUCCCUUGAGUUUCAUUGAUGAAUUAGGACCGAAAGGUAAAGAAGGCUAUGUCUGGAGAAGAUAUGGUUUCCGGAACCGCUGUCUGGCAACUGUCACCAAACCUUGUGUUGAAAUAUGCCCCUGUUGGAGUAAAAGGUGGCUUUUCAUGAAAGUUGACUUCGUUGGACUUCUAAACCCACACUCAGGACAAAUAGAAAAUGUUCUAUUAUUAGAUCAAGCGUUUCGUGUCAGAUCGGGUGGCGGGAGAUCGAAGUCGAAAAUGGGUAUUUUGAUACAGAAUCUUAACAAGAAAUUGUACGUCAAAUGUGAAAGCGAGUAUGAAGUGGAGUCCUGGAUUAUUGAAUUUAAUAUGAUGGUCAGAAAAUCUGCCGAUUUCGUUCGUCCAAACAGAUUCAAUUCGUACGCUCUUGUGCGUCCUCUCUCGGAAUGCAGAUGGAUUGUUGAUGGGGCUACGUACUUUGAGGCCGUAGCCCAAAUUCUAAUGAAAGCGAAGGAAGAAAUAUUCAUAGCAGAUUGGUGGCUUUCUCCUGAAAUUUACUUGAAAAGGCCAACCCUGCAGGGGCAUUAUUGGCAGCUCGAUCACGUGCUCAGGACAAAAGCAAGGGAAGGAGUUAGAAUUUACAUACUUCUGUAUAAGGAGCUGAACGUUGCGCUGGGCAUCGACAGCCAGCACACAAGUAAGAAACUCUCCAGAAUGCAUCGAAAUAUUAAAGUGAUUCGGCAUCCGGAGGUUUCUGAAGGAGUGUGGUUAUGGGCCCAUCACGAAAAAAUCGUUUGUGUAGACCAAACUUACGCUUUUGUGGGUGGCAUCGAUCUGUGUUACGGAAGGUGGGAUGAUUAUCAACACAGGUUAUGCGACAUUGGUGAUGUUAUGGUAAAAAGUAAAGCAAUGCGUCAUAUGUCUACAGCGGUCCCCUCUGACGUACCAAAUAUUCCAAAUAUCAGGAGAUCUAUUUCUGAUCCAUCAGUGUCAACAAGCAAAAAAGAGAUUGAAUUUGUAUCUGAAAAGCAAUUAGAAAAAGCAGCUCGUUUCAGAAUCGCAGCUGAGAAACUUAACGCUGCCCAGAGGUUUGAUAAAAUCAGAAGAAAACUUUUAAUGGAAGCAAAAGAAGAUUUUGCCUCGACACAGAAAGCAACGGCAGAACAUUUUCCUCAGUUAAGUGACCGUCGCCGGACGUUGAAGGAGACUGCUCUCAUUGAUCUAGGGGUGGAGAAGAAGUACAGACUGUGGCACGGAAAAGAUUACGCCAAUUUUAUAUGGAAGGAUUUCGAGAACCUUAAUGAACCUUAUUCAGGUACUAUACGGACUGGUUAUAUGAUUGAGGAUAUACAGGAAAACCUCUCGGGUGAGACCACUUUCCGUUCCACUCUAAAAUGCUCGCUAACGGAGAAGUCGAAUUACCAUAAAGAUAAUGCAUACAAUUAUUUGUUACCAAAAUCGUAUAAUAAUUUGGGAGAUCAUGUACCAAGUGUUUUACAUGAUACCCUUGGAUCUAUAUUUUGGGCUGAAUGUCAAGUUUUACGAAGUUUAUGCAAGUGGUCUGGUGGUGUCAAACAAAUAGAAAAUUCCAUACAUGAAGCAUACAUUGAAACCAUUCAAGAAGCUAAGCAUUUCAUUUAUAUUGAAAAUCAGUUUUUUAUUACUCAACCAGCAAGUGAAAGAUCUGUACAUAAUGGAAUCGCAGACGCUUUGUUCAACAGAAUUAUAAAAGCAUACAGAAAGCGGGAAUCCUUUCAUGUGUAUAUCGUCCUCCCGCUGCUACCAGCUUUUCAAGGGACUUUGGGUACAGGAACGGGCACUUGCAUACAGGCAAUCACACACUGGAACAAUGCAUCCAUUGGAGGUGGACAUUCUUCGUUAAUCCAUAGGCUCGCUAGACACAUGAAAGAUCCGAGUUUGUAUAUCAACUUUUAUGGAUUGCGCACUCAUGGUUUCCUACGAACGAAAUUGGUGACAGAGCUUAUAUACGUUCAUAGCAAGCUGUUAAUCGCCGAUGACCAAGUCGCCAUCAUUGGUUCCGCUAACAUUAAUGAUCGUAGCCUCCUGGGCAACCGAGAUUCAGAAAUAGCUGUAGUUGUGAGAGAUACGCAGUUCCUGAAGGAAGAAGAAGGUCGACCUCACCAGGCAGGAAAAUUCUGCUACUCGCUACGAACCGCUCUUUUCAGGGAGCAUUUGGGAAUGUUGCAAGAUACAUCCAUCUCCUUUGAUUUGAAUAAUCCCAGCAAUGAGGAGUUUUUCAGAAAUGUUUGGUCUAAAAUUGCUGAACAAAAUACUUCCAUCUAUGAGAAGGUGUUUCUAUGCAUACCCACAGAUAGCGUGAGAACGUUUAGGCAGUUGAGAGAGUACCAAAGCAGACGACCUUUAGCAGCAACUGAUCCGGCAAAGGCUAUGGCUGAACUGAAGUCUAUUCGAGGAUAUUUGGUGAAGUUUCCAUUGUACUUUCUGAGAGACGAAUAUUUGCAACCAACAAUUUCCACAAAAGAACGUUAUUUACCAACAGCAGUUUGGACUUGAUUCUUUCUUUAGAACACGUUAUUAAAGUAUUAUUUUUAAUGUUCGAGACGAAUAUUUGCAACCAACAAUUUCCAUAAAAGAACGUUAUUUACCAACAGCAGUUUUAACUUGAUUCUUUCUUCUCUGGAACACGUUAUUAAAGUAUUAUUUUUAAUGUU